AUGGCGAAUAUAAGGAGCGUUCUUCAAAGCUAUGGCUUUGUCUUUUUCUUUGUUGUGGUGCAGUACGCACACGGAGACCUGAGCUAUUCCGUACAGGAGGAGCUCAAGCGCGGAUCUGUUAUUGGAAAUAUCGCCAAGGAUCUCGGCCUGGAGGUGGGCAGACUGUCUGCUCGCAGGGCUCGUGUUGACAUGGAAGGAAACGACAGACAGUAUUGCGAGAUUAACCUCCGAAACGGAGAUUUAAUCGUUGCGGAAAGAAUCGACAGAGAGGAGCAUUGUGGGGAAAAGCCUUCGUGUGUUCUUAAAUUCGACUUGCUUUUAGAAAAUCCAUUGGAGUUACACCGGUUGACCCUGCAGGUGCAGGACAUAAAUGACAAUGCACCAAUUUUCCCGAAGGAUACCGUAAAGCUGGAAAUUAGAGAGUCAGCUGACAAAGGAGCUAAGUAUCGCAUUAAUGCAGCGCACGAUGCAGAUAUAGGCAAGAACUCAGUUGAAAGCUAUAUUUUGCAACAAAAUCCUCACUUUGUGUUCAGUAGUCAGACAACAAGUUCUGGUAGUAAAUACGGUGAAUUGGUUUUAGAUGUAGAAUUAGACCGAGAGGAGCAGCAGGAAAUGAAAUUAUUGCUCACGGCUGUAGACGGAGGCUCUCCUCAGAGAUCCGGUACUGUAGUCAUACACGUCAUUGUACUUGAUGCUAAUGAUAACGCCCCAGUUUUCACUGAGGCCGUUUAUCAAGCCACGCUACCUGAAAACUCAGCUAUUGAUACCCCAGUUAUCACUGUAAGUGCAUCAGAUGCAGACGAAGGUGUCAACGGAGAGGUUACAUAUGAAUUUAGCCGACUGUCUGAUAAAUCUCAGAAGCUUUUUUUACUAAAUGAGAAAACUGGAGAAAUAAGUGUGACAGGUAACAUUGAUUAUGAAGAGGGAUCGAAGUAUGAAGUGUUUGUUGAGGCCAAAGAUGGCUAUGGGCUAUCUUCAGAAGCAAAAGUGAUUAUUGAUAUCACUGAUGUAAAUGACAACGCCCCUUUGAUAUAUCUGAAAUCACUGACCAAUCCCAUACCUGAGAACGUGUCACCUGGUACAGAGGUGGGCAUCAUCAACGUGCAGGACAGAGACUCUGAGACUAACAGACAGGUCCGCUGCUCCAUUCAGCAAAACGUCCCUUUUAAGUUGGUUCCUUCUAUUAAAAACUAUUAUUCUCUGGUGACCACAGGACAACUGGACCGUGAACUAGUGUCUGAUUACAACAUUACAAUCACUGCCACUGACGAGGGCUCUCCACCUCUGUCCUCCUCUAAAACUGUUCAGUUAUCUGUAGCAGACAUCAACGACAACCCACCUGUGUUUGAGGAACAGUCCUACAGCGCUUAUGUGACUGAAAAUAACAAACCUGGCUCCACUUUAUGCUCCGUUACUGCUCGAGACCCCGACUGGAGACAAAACGGUACAGUGAUUUAUUCUCUGUUAGCUGGUGAGGUGAACGGUGCCCCGGUGUCCUCCUACCUAUCUGUUAACGGAGACACGGGGGUGAUCCACGCUGUGAGGUCGUUUGAUUAUGAACAGUUCAGGAGUUUUAAAGUCCACGUGAUGGCCAGAGACAACGGUUCUCCUCCGCUCAGCAGCAACGUGACCGUCAGUGUCUUCGUAUCGGACGUGAAUGACAACUCUCCUCAGAUACUGUACCCCGCCCCGGAGGGCAACUCCUUCAUGACCGAGCUGGUCCCCAAAGCUGCACACGGAGGCUCUCUGGUGUCCAAAGUGAUAGCGGUGGACGCGGACUCCGGACAGAACGCCUGGCUGUCCUAUCAUAUAGUCAAAUCCACUGAUCCGGGACUUUUCACUAUUGGUCUCCACAGCGGAGAGAUCAGGACACAGCGGGACAUUUCUGAAUCUGACAGCAUGAAACAGAACCUCAUUGUGUCAGUGAAAGAUAACGGACAGCCCUCUCUCUCUGCCACCUGUUCCAUGUAUUUACUUAUUUCUGAUAACUUGGCUGAGGUGCCAGAACUGAAGGAUAUUUCUUACGACGAGAAGAACUCCAAACUGACCUCUUAUCUGAUCAUCGCGCUGGUGUCUGUGUCCACCUUCUUCCUGACCUUCAUCAUCAUCAUCCUCGGUGUGAGGUUUUGUCACAGGAGAAAGCCCAGACUGUUGUUUGAUGGAGCAGUUGCCAUCCCCAGCGCUUACCUCCCUCCUAAUUACGCAGAUGUUGACGGCACAGGAACUUUACGCAGCACUUACAACUAUGACGCCUACCUGACAACAGGCUCUAGAACCAGUGACUUUAAGUUCGUGUCCUCUUACAAUGACAACACACUGCCUGCUGACCAGACUCUGAGGAAAAGUCCAUCAGACUUUGCUGAUGCGUUUGGCGAUUGUGAUGAUUCUCCUGAGGUAGGAACACAUUCGAUAUUUAAGUAA